GCAGGUGCGGCGGCGGGUGCGGCGGCAGGCGCGCGGCGCCGGGGCGCGGCGAGGCCGGACUUCUCGGCCCCGGCGCUGCUGCAGCAGUCCUACAGCAGCACGCCGCCGGUGCGGCGGCAGGCGCAGGUGCCCGCAUGCCAGAUCCACACGGCCACGGUCAUGCAGUGGCUCGGGGUCGGCGCGACGAGGCUCCAGGUGCGCACGCUCCAGGCGAUCCAGCAGCGCCUGCCCGACGAGAGCCCGGCGGCGGCGGGGAGCCCUUCGAGGGCCGCUGGCCCCCCGACCGUCCUCGCGAGCGGGGCCCUCGUGUACUGGCGGUGCGCGGACGGCGGCGGCCGCGCCGUGCGCGACAGCGGGGGCUGCCACCGCGAGGGGGCCCUGGCGGAGGGGGCGCUGUGGCAGGGGCCGCUGCCCGCGGACGAGCCGCUGGAGGCCACGGACGAGUGGGGCACCGCGCUGGCCCCCAGCUACCCAUCGCCCUGCGCGGCGGCGCCGCGGUAAGCUACGCGCCGCUCCCUGGGGAUGCCGGGGCCCGCGACAGGCAACUGCUCGCCCUCGUCGGCGGGGGGAGGAGCGACGGCGCGGCCGAGCGGCUGCUCGCCGCGGCCCGCGCAGAGGCCGCGGGCGGCGUGGCGGAGCCCGGCGCCGCGGCGGCGCUGGCGCGCGGCUGGACCGUCGAGCUGUGGGUGCGGCUGGACACGAACUCGCCCGGGGAGCUCACGCUGUUCAGCAGGUCCACGGGCGGCCUCGAGGGCCCCGCGCUGAGCUGGUCGUACCGCGCGCAGCCGGCGGGCUUCGUGGUGCGCGGCGCCGGUCGGGCGCAGCUGGUCUCCGCCGACGCGGGGCCCCUGAUGGAGGGCGAGUGGACGCACGUGGCGCUCCGCUCCGACCUGUCCGUGCUGGAGGUCUGGAUGAGCCACGAGGUGGUGGGUCGUAGCCCGCCCGGCGCCCAGCUCCCAGUGGUGCCCGCGGAGGCCGCGCUGCAGUUCGGCCCCGCUCCAGGCCUCAGCGUGACGGAGGUCAGGGUCUGGGGCGUGCUCCGGGGCGACGACGAGCUGCUCGACCAGCAGCGCCAGCCGCUGCAGUCCCUGCUGCCGACGGAGAAGCGCACGGAGGCCUGGAAGAAGGUGCGCAUACGCGCCGGCGGCGCCACGCCAGCGGGAUCGCCCACCACGGGAGGGCUGUGGAACCUCACCCAGCUGGCCGGCGGGCUGGGCACCCCCAGCGCCGGCGCAGGCAGGGACCGCGGAGGCGAGGAGUGCGCCUUCCCCGAGUUCCCAGGCGCGAGCCCCAGCUGGGGCGGCUCGGACCAGCCCUGGGACCCCUCGGCAGAUCCGUGGGGCGCGGCCGUGGCCUCCUUCGGCGAGUGGGCGGGCGGCGGCGAGGGCGAGCCCUGGGGAGGUGGCGUCGCCUGGGAGGGCGCGGGCGGCGCGGGCGACUCGCCGGAGGCGCCUGCGACGCCGCCGCCGGAGGCCCCACCGCCGGCCCACGUGCCCGCGGAGCCGGCGCGCCGGCACGAG